AUGUCGUCCCAGCCGUUGAGCAGCCCAGGACGCGGCUCAUCCGCUCGUCCUGAACUAUCAACUGAGAUCCUCGCAUUUGUCUCGCAUGCUAUUGACUUUGCAUCUGUGGAGUUGCGAAAGCUGAACCUGGAAAUUUGGAAUAAUCCGGAAACUAAAUUCCAAGAGGAAAAGGCCUGCGCCCUUAUCACCAAAUGGCUCGAGUCGCAAGGUUGGACUGUCAGUACCGGGGUCUACGGAAUCAGCACAGCAUUUGAAGCACGCUUUUCGGUAGCAGAAGGUGAGCGAACAGUUUGCUACAAUGCUGAAUACGAUGCCCUUCCAGAGAUCGGACAUGCCUGUGGGCACAACCUCAUCGCCACCUCGACACUCGCAUCAGCAGUCGGCGUCUCAGCCGCCAUGACGAAAUUCAACCUUCGCGGAACACUAGUUGUGAUCGGAACACCGGCCGAAGAAACAGGCGGGGGAAAGUACAUCAUGGCCAACAAUGGGGCAUGGAAGGACUGUGACAUCGUUAUCAUGACCCACCCGAUGCCCGACUUCUCCAGCGCCCAAAUGACAACCAAGGCGUCUUGGAAAUUCCGAGCCAAGUUCCACGGAAGAGGUUCGCAUGCAGGCGCAGCACCCUGGGACGGAGCAAAUGCAUGCGAUGCCAUUGUUAUGGCGUACAAUGGCCUGGCGCUUCUUCGCCAGCACAUUAAGAAGACAGAGAGUAUUCAGUCAAUCAUCUUGGAGGCUGGAAAAGCACCCAAUAUCAUUCCUGAUUAUUCGGAGGGUAGCUUUUCGCUUCGUGCUGAGGACUCGUCGUCUGUCGAGAAGCUGAGGGAGCGGGUUAUUCCUAUUUUCCAUUCAGCAGCUGCGGCGACUGGUUGCACCAUGGAGCUUUUUUGGGAUGCGCUGUACGAGGACGUCGUUAACAAUAUAGCCCUGGCCAACCGAUACACCGAGUACAUGCUGUCAGGGCUCGAGGAGGAUCCGAAAGAUUUCCUGGACCCAUCUGCCCAGCCCAAGUCGGCGAUAGGCGGAAGCUCUGACUUUGGCAACUGUUCCUACAUCAAGCCCGGCAUCCAAACGCUGUUCAAGAUCAACGCGACCAACAUGCCCCACACCCCCGAGUUUCAACAUGCCGCGGGCACCGACUAUGCCCACACCGAGGCACUGCGGGCCGGCAAAGCCAAUGCCAUGGUUGGGAUCGAUGUGCUGUUGCACGAGGAGUUUUAUCGGGCGGUGCAAAUGGAAUGGGAGGAGUCGAUGAAGGCGCGGGGGCGCAUCUAG